AGAAACACAAGCAGACUUAAGCACCGUGAGUCUGAAAUACCUGCACCUGGAUCCAGUUUUCUCUAUUCAUGCUGCUUUAAACUUCUCAGGCUGUAAUUAGAAAGUAUUUGUGCGACUCUACAUCAUGAAACCAGGAUUUUUUUUUUUAAAGUUUCUAUGUGUGGGCUGAACGUUUUUAUCUUAUCUUUUUAUGCGACACUUGGUUAGACAGCUGUUGUUUUUAGCAGUUCACUAAACAAAUAACUUAAAAAGUGGUUGUUUUUUUAAAUCUGCAGCAAACCCAGCGCCGGAUUGAAAACACCAGGAUGGAUAUUAAUUAAAACCGGGAACUGCAAAUGAAAGAGGUUUCUGCGAAGUGUCGGGAUGAAUGCAGAGGAACAAAGUGCCGACAGUCCGACUCAACCAAAGCCUGACUCGCUGUGCCGCCUGCUACAACCAGCGGGCCGGCUCCAUGCCUCAUCGGGGCGGCGGCGGCGAUUCCAGCUCUUCAGCAGAGGACUCUGGACCGGAGGUGGGCUGGCAGUCAGACGCAGAGUCCAGCUCCAGCAGCAGCUGCUCUGCGGAGGAUUUAUCAGAAGAGCCGGACGAGCCUGAAACACCGACGACCUCCGCUGCUGCUGCUGAGGCUGAAUGUGGAGGAGGAGAGGAGACAGGAGGAGCGUCGGAGAGCCAGGAAGACAACAGCAGGACAAAGGCGGUGACUGGAAGAGCUCCACUUGUCAAGUCUUUCUCCUCCUCCUCCUCCCUGACUCCUCACCUCGCCCCUCUGACCCUCCUGCCCCGCCCUCAGACGGUCGUCUCCACCCUCCGCCUGCAGGUGCUGCCGCAGACGAGCGACGACGACUCUCUCUUUAUUGAACAACAGGAGGAGAAACCGGAGGAAAGUUCAGGAGGAGGAGGAGGAGGACGAGAAGGAGUCAACGGUCUGAUGCAGCCACCUCCAGGGUUACCGUGGCAACCAUUCACAUCACACCACCACCACCAGCAGCAACAACAACAACAACAACAACAUCAUCUACAGCCUCAACACCUCCCUCCGCUCUCAGCUCAGGGUCAAAGGUUACCACCACAGCUGCACACACUUCCUGUGCCACACCUCCCGAUGCUCCACACACACCUGCAGGCACCACACACACACCUGCACACACUCGCAGAUCAGCACCUGUGCUGGUACUGUUACAGUAUGCAGUUUCCUUACUCUCCACACUGGAGUCUUUACAGUGGUGGACACUUGCCCAGAUAAUCCAACAGCCCUGCAGUGACACGAGCGCGUGAGUCUUGAAUGAACAAGUUUUGUAGUUUGAGGAAUAUUUCAUCAUCUUUAACAAACGCUUGUUAAUUUGUUUUGCUGUGUAUACUGACUUCAAACUGACAAAACCAGGUGUUGACAGCCUGAAAAUAUGAAGUAUGAUGUAGCUGCAGCAUUUGUGCAUAAUUUGUAUUUUACAAUAAAGGAUGAAAUCAUUUUUUGGGACAUAUUUGUAAAAACAGUGUCCGAGUUUUGAGUAUGAACCUGUUCUUUUACGACAUUCAACAUUUAAGGAGAGCUGCCGGGCCGAAACCGACUAUUAGAAAUCAAGGAUUGAUGAAAUAAAACCACAAUUUACAAUGUCUGUUCUUAAUCACCAUGUUGAUGUACUUCUACUUCAGUAUUUCCACUUUCUGCUUCUUCAUUCUUCCUCUCCAAGACAUUUAUUUCACAACU